AUGAAGUCAACUAAUCAAGCACUUCUGGUGCUCAUGCUUGCCACUUUUGGCAGCGCGCUCAUUCGGUUUCAAUGCUCUCAACUUGUAGUCGAAAGACUUGACCCCUUGGUCAACCCCGGAAUGCUUCCAUCUACUCAUGUGCAUCAGAUCGUUGGCGGAAACUCCUUCAACGCUACCAUGGAUCCUAAAAAGGAUAUGCCCGCUGAAGAUUUCUCGAAUUACUGGACUGCUGUUCUGUACUUCCGCGCCAAGAAUGGUACAUUUAAACGUGUUCCUCAGACAUCCCAGAUUUCUGGUGCAACGGCCGGAAUUACAGUUUACUACAUGCAGGAUGCCCUCUACGAUACGGCCCAAAAGUCGAAAGUCACUGCAUUCAAGCCGGGAUUUCGCAUGUUCAUUGGCGACGUCAACGCUCGAUCUAAGGCAGAAGUGACCAAGUAUCGUCAACUGACUUAUACGUGUAUGGAAAAUACUGGAACUCGCGAGCCAGAGACCCUCAAUUUCCCACAAAAGCCUUGCAAGGCGGGAAUAAUGGUUAACCAACGCUUUCCCACUUGCUGGGACGGAAAGAACCUCGACAGCCCAGAUCACAUGGCACACAUGGCGUACCCCGAGUCCGGCACAUUUGAAAGCGGAGGUCCAUGCCCAGCCAGUCACCCUGUCCGCACAGCUCAAGUACUAUUUGAGGUGGUUUGGGAUACUUCGAAGUUCAACAACAAAGCUGAUUGGCCAGCUGAUGGAAGUCAACCUUUCGUAUGGUCUUUUGGCGAUGCUACCGGUUAUGCGAAUCAUGCCGAUUACGUGUUUGGUUGGAAGGGAGAUGCGCUUCAGAAAAUCUUGGACACCGCUUGUGUCGUGAACUGUGCGGGAGCCAAGACUCAGAAUACUGCUGCGAUGAACAAAUGUGCUCAAAAGGCUGUUGUUAAUGAGAAUAUUGAUGGCUGGCUUACAGAACUUCCUGGCGGACAUGAGGUUCAAUACGGACCAGCUCCUAGGGCCGUCAAAUAUGUUGCGUGA